GCACCGCUUAACUUGGCGCGCCUGGGAAGGGGGGUUGGUCUCAUGCGACGUGGCAACCCGAAGGGAAGGCGAGAAGCCCGUCGGCCGCGGCAGACGGCUCCAGCGCUCGGCGAGACCUGCGGCGGCGGACGACGGGGGGCCAAGCAGGAGAGUUUGGUCGACUUUGCGGAGAGCCGGAGUCAACUCUUUUGCCUAAGUGCUGUAGGCCCGAUUUGAUCCGGCCUCUUCCAACCUUUCUUUCUGCCAGCUGUGAGCCUUUUGUUGGCAUCUCGUCUAAGGAAGAAAAUCUGGAGAGGAAAUUUACUGCACUCAAAAUAAUCACUGUGGAACCAUUUAUAUUGUGAAUCUGAAGUUGGGGGGAUCAUUCAUUACUCGAGGAGCCACACAAUCAAAAAGCAGUUGAUAACAUGGCCAAGAAAAACAGUCAAAAAGAUGCCUCCGGGGUGGUGUUUGACACUCAUUCUAAAAUGGUCAUGUCCCAGGGUGGAACGUUUGAGCGGAUGAAGGAGAAGAUCAGCGCCGUCAGGGCAGUCGUCCCCAACAAAAGCAACAAUGAGAUUGUUCUGGUGUUGCAGCAUUUUGAGAAUUGUGUCGACAAGGCGGUCCAAGCAUUCUUAGAAGGCAGCGCGGUGGAGAUCCUGAAGGAGUGGAAUGUGACUGGCAAAAAGAAGCCCAAGAAGAAAAAGAAGCCCAAGCCCCAGCCGGAGCCGGAGCCGGAGGCCACGGCGCCGCCGGCAACGCCGCCUGCGGAGAACAAGGAGGAGGUGAACGGUUUUCACGCCAACGGGUCUGCGUUGGACGGAGAGUCUCUGGAUUCUCUGAGCGAACAGUUGGACUCGGCCUCCCUGGACGCGGUGGAGCUGGACUCUGAAGCGGCCAUAUCGGAAACGACAGGUGCAGAAGCGGAGAGUCAAGUUGCCGCCCCCAGCCCCAUCUCCCAGCAGGGCAGCAGGAAUCACCGGGGCCCCAGGGGCAACAAGACACGCCACAGGCCAGUCUCCAACUCCCAUCCCCCUGCAUCUUCCACAGCACCCAACGCCACCGAGCUGCAAGGGUCAUCAGGAAUCAAGAAGACGGCGCCCAAUAUUGACCGCUCCGUGAAAGAUCUGCAGAGGUGCACCGCCUCGCUCACCCGCUACAGGAUGGUGGUCAAAGAUGAGAUGGACUCCUCAAUCAAAAGGAUGAAGCAAACGUUUGCUGAGCUCCAGAGCUGUCUAAUGGACAGAGAAGUAACUCUACUGGCUGAAAUGGACAAAGUCAAAGCGGAGGCCAUGGCCAUCCUGGAUGGCCGUCAGAAGAGAGCAGAGGAGCUCAGACGGCUCACAGACAAGUCUGCGACCAUGUCUGAGGACCAGUUGACUGAACUAAGGGCGGACAUUAAGCACUUUGUGAGUGAACGUAAAUAUGACGAGGAUCUCGGGAAAGCUGUGAGGUUUACAUUUGAGCUUGAACCACUGAAGACGAGCAUCGCAGGCUUCGGAUCAGUUUACCACCCGCGGACCGGCUAUUCGGAUCGCUCUCGCUGCAGUUCCACUUCCUCCUCCGUCGCCAGCCCAGGGCUGCUGGAAACCCCUUCCACCACCCAACCGCCAAGUGCAAGCAGCGAACACCGCCCUCCACCAGCCAAGCAGAUUUUCCAAGGCAACAGGCGUACUUUCCAAGGACAGGGCUAUCACUCCGGUGGCCCGCGGUAUAACGGCGGCUCAUACCACGACCGGAACCCCGCCCGCUCCACUUACCGCUCGCAGGGUAACGGGAGUCAGGGCGACGGCCAAGGCCCCUCCGGCCCCUCCUCGCAGCACUCGGGCAACUCACGAGGUCCCUCCCACGCCUCAAACGCCAGCCGCCAAGACCGACCCUCUCAUAACGGGCUGCCCCAAAGGCCUCCGCGGACGCCGUGCCCUUGACAGCGGAAAAUCCCCGGCUCCGUCGAACCCCCGUCUACUAACCCCUUGCACUCCCCCUCCCGGUACCCGCAGCCCCCCCCCCCCAAGCCCACUAACUACUUUCGAUGAAGAA